ACAUAACCACCAAUAGACGGGAAAUUCAAGUAAAGAUAAAUAUGUAUAUUUUUCAGUAAUGCUAGGUUGUUACACAACAUGGCUGAAUAAUAAAUAGCCCACCCGUUGGCUCAUUAAUUAUUUGCGUAGUUAAGGGAUCCGAAUAUUAAUCAAACUGAAAUGGCCAAUCACAACGUCGUAUAAGCACCAAAAUAUACUGUUAUAUGAUCAGCAUCCGCCAUCCCUUUGACUCUUGUCUAUAAUGGAAGCAAAACACGCUUUGUUAUUUUUUCUCUUUCAAGGGACCAUAUACAGCUGGGUUUUGGCCGCAGAUGAAGAUUCCACAUCUCAUUUAGGGUACUUCAUAACGCGGGAAAAUAAGCGGCUUACGGGACACGUUGUCAAAUGGUUUGAGUCUCCAAGUUUGAUGUCUUGCGGCCAGUCGUGUUUGAGAAACGCAUGGUGCAGUUCCACAAACUUCAAGGUGUCUUCCAAGAAGGACGGCAAAAAAAACGUGUGAACUUAACAAGCACGACAACACGCUGAUCAACGAAAACACCCAGUUAAAUGAUCAGCAGGGGGUUACAUUCUCAAUGCUUCUGAAGGGCUGUUUAAUGACCGGCUGUGCAAAUGGUGGUUCUUGUGUGUUCAAAGCGGAAAAUCAAACCUAUUCGUGUGUGUGCAAAAAGUCAUGGACUGGAGACAAUUGUGAAGUGGUGUAUUUAACGUGGUACCAAGUGGUCGUCAAGACUGGGACUGUUGACGGCGCCGGCACAGAUGCAAACGUGUAUAUCAGGAUCAACGGAACAACAGGAUACAUAGAGAAAGAAAUUGAUAACGAAGAGGAUAAUCGUGAGAAAGGAAGUGAAGAUACCUUUAUUUUCCAAGGCAAGGACUACAUUGGAGCGCUACGAAGUGUGAGCAUUAAGCGUGACAAUUAUGGAUCAUCCCCUGACUGGUAUCUCGAGACGAUUUCGGUUGCGAGGAGCUUCAGCGAGGAAGGCUUUAAAGAAGGCUUGGAGAAUGCAUAUGGUAUUCAGUGUUACCUCAAUGACUGGGUUGAUGCACACAAGUGGCUUCAACUAAAAAAUGAAUAAUGCAUUCACUAAGGAUUCACCUACUCUAGCUUCUUGAGUGCUUAGCAAACCUCCUAAGUACAUCCAUAACUUGAUAGUUGCACGCUGCACGUUUACCAUUUCUUUUAUAACAUUGAGGCUUUAACAUCUUUCGUAUCGGAUAAAAAUAUUUAUUGAAUCUCAUCCCGCUAACAUGAAGUCAAAGCACGAUCAACCGCACGAAAAUGUUCAUUCAAAAAUCAGACAGAGCGACCCAUCAACAUUUUUCUUGGAUCGCAGUGCGUUAGUUUAAGUUUUCUCGAUCUCCAACAACUUCAAACUGCUCAGUCAGAAUCUAGGUAUCAAACUGACAACAAACGAAAAUUGCUGUCUGAAAAACGUUUCUCAAAAGUUAGUUAACUGAUUUGGAUCGGUUUUCCGAAGACAAACUUUUGGUGCAUGGUUUAGCUCUCUGUCCAUUACGGCCUCUUCGACAAAAGAGUAGAACAAUAUGGAACCAGACAUUUCUUAAAAGCGAGAGUGAGGUAGAAAGCGAACAAACAGCCCUGGCUUUGAGCUGUUUGAGAAGCUCCUCAUCAAAAGCAGGUUUGUGUGUUACGUUUUCCUUUUCACUUCGUUUUAAAUAAAAUGAUAAGUUAGGCGUGGCGGUUGGCGGUUGGCGGGUGGCGGGAACGGGUGGUGGGUAACGGGUGGCGGGUAACGGGUAACGGGUGGCGGGUGACAAUCUCCGACCAAUUCAAUGUAAUAUUGAACUUGCUUAGAAGGCAAAAUAAAAAAUAACCCAAUUUAAAAUUCUGUCAAACUCGGCGAAAAUUUCAAAAGGCCGCCGGAUGCCUGAUUUUCCUGCUAAUGAAACAAUUUUGCUCAAUCCAGACACUCUGUCUUCCUUUUAAUUAUUUUAAAAUUAUUAGUUCUUAACGUUUUGUUGUUGUUUUUGCUGUUUUAUUUUUUUUGAAAAAAUUGACCCGACUUUAGUGCUUAAGUGCUUUAGAUAACCAUAACCUAACCUGACCUUAAUGUACAUUUCCCGGCGUGACCGGGGGAGACACCUUGCCAAACUUGGAACAUCCAUCACAGAGGAUAUCGAAGAAGACAACAAAGAACAACCCCUGACACAAACAUAGGUAAUCGGGAGUUUCAAAGAUUCAGGUCUCCCAGAAUUUCUGAAAGGUUCCUGGACCAACGUAGACAAAAUUGUCCAGUUGAAUGGUAUUGGUUCCUUCCCAAACGACGACAGCCGAAGGAUAGUCAUAUCCUUAUCCAGCCCACUCUCCAACACUGUCCAGAUAGCGAGAAAGAAAUUAGCCUGCGUUGACUGCCCACGUUUCAACGAAUGCGGAAUUUGUGCUCAUACCUUGGCGGUAGCACAUCACCUUGGCAUGCUCUCUGGUCGUAUGUCGAAUCAUACAAAUUGCCAGUUGAGAGGAUGAUUCGUGCAACGAUUCCCAAUGGGGCAGGAAAGAAAGACAAUGAAACGAAGAGCAUCCGCAAGCGAAAGAAACAUCCUCCCCGUGAUGUGUACGUCACAAUACGGGGAUGGCAUUGAUGUUGAAGCCUCAGUUGAGUCUGAUUCUCCCUGCGAAGUUGUUUUUAUUGCUCAGACGAAGGCUACAACAUGCUACGGGUGCAAGGGACGUGUACGGGACAAAGCAUCAGAUUCACCUCCGCCUGCCCCACAUGAUAUUUUCUUGCGGCAUAAGGACUGUCGUGUUUUUCAGCGAAGCGGGGAAAGCAAGAUCUGCAUCACAAAAACUCCAGAGGCGGUGUAUUACCAUCCGUUGCGUUCAUGUGCCCCUCUAGCAACACACGACAACAUCGAAAUCGAAGAGGCCACUGAGGGAAGAUUGGUAGAGUCCAAUAAACAGCUUCUAUGGCGCGAAUUUUGUAGGAAGUUUCACGCUCCAGCUCUAUCAGAUCAACUGUAACCGUCUACAAAGCGUUUUGGCUGCUGGUGACGGUCUAAAUCAUCCAUACGGAUGUGGAACUUGGAGAACACAUUUGAUGUUGUCAGUGUACAUAACUUUUGGCUCCUUUCGAGUUAAACAUCUUGUGCCAUUUGCCUUUAGAGACACUUGAAUUUCCGGCAAAUUAUAUCACGUUUAUAAUAGCUCGCAUCAAACAAUCACCGUACGCGGACUAUUUUUUUCACCCCACCUUUACUGUUUAUGACUAAAUUUGUCUGCCAUUUUGAAUAUUCCUCAGUACAGCUGUCCUUCAGGGCUCUUUUAUGCUAUUUUUUGACGGGUAAGAGUUAGAGCCUGAAAAAAGAAUGGUCUAGGGGUUUUAGUGCUGCGUGAAAUAUGGAAUGUUUCUCGGUUCGAUUUACGGCGGUUUCAAACCGCUUGAAAAGGCUUCUCAUUGUACGUAAGCAAGUAGAGUUUCUACAGAGUUUUUUGGGCUAAGGCGAUGGCCCAAAUUGUUUUCAAGAUAGCCGUGAAUGUUACGUCUCUUAUGUUAGCGUACGUUUAGAAUUUCUCGUUAUGUGAGUAAAACCGUUUCAGAUUUGUUUAUUAUACUAUUAUUGUAGACAUUUUCAGGUAUUGCUACCUGGUUUUGUUAGUGUUUAAAGGAUUUUGUUACAAAUUUCUGUAGAAUGGAAUGAUUACAAAGGAAAUUGAGCUUUUUAAAUAGAAAUAGAGCGUACAGUAAAAAAAACCCCGCCACCCGUUACCCGCAACCCGCCACCCGUUACCCUCCACCCGUCACCCGCAACCCGUGGAAAAGACCUGCCGUUCAAGAGUUCAGUUCACGAUCGAGUAAAACUGAAACCCGAGAACUGAAAUAAUUCAUCACGGGCUACCAAUAUUUUAUAAAACGUCUGUAAAGCUUUAUCUUUAACGUCUUUGGAACAGAAGGAUUUCGUAUGUAAGACUUCACAUAAAUCAGAUAUUUGUUAACUUGAACUCUCAUAAACAAGGUUUCCCUGCUAAAAGCAUGAAAUGGCUUCCGACGCCAGAAAAGUUUUACAAUGAAAGCUUGUGCUGAAUUUUACUAUCGCCAAAUUGCUGAAAAAUUCUCUCUAAAAUUGCCGCUAUACAUUACUAUCCUCGAAAGGUUAAUACAGACCAGUUUGUUGUUUUUUUGGUCUUCUUCAAGUGUCUUUGUCCAACCAGCUGAUUCAACUCCUGCUCGCUUAAAUUAGCAAAUCUCUUAGGUGGAGACGAGCUCGAAAUUUGGUAGCUCAGAGAAUUAUCUUCCUCUUCUCAAGAAGAAUUUUUAGAUUUUUCCAUAUUCAAGAAGAAACAAAUAGGAAGAAUACAUGAAAAACAAAAUUGCCGAGAAAAAGGACAAAGAAACAAACUGACGUCAGCGUGCAACCAACAGGCAAAUGAAUCGAGCGAACUAGUCAAUUAAUCUUAGUAGAAUUCAAAAAAAUACAUAUUCGCAUCGCUCACGCUAUAAUAUAUAAAUUUAGCCAGGCCUAAAACUGGAGCUCCU